GUAUAAAAGCAAAGCUUCCCAGGGUUUCCAUUUCCGCCUUACAUUGCACAUUUCCUUUCUUAUCUCUAUUUGGGUACUCUCUGCUCUCAUGCUCCUUUCAUAAAGUUUUCUCAUCUCUUAACCAAGACUGGUAAGAGAGAGAGAGAGAGACUGUGUGUGUGUGUGUGUGUGUUUAUUAGUGUGUGAGUGUGUUCAAAAUGGGAAGAGGGAGGGUUGAGGUGAAGAGGAUAGAGAACAAAAUCAACAGGCAAGUGACCUUCGCCAAGAGAAGGAAUGGGCUCCUCAAGAAGGCGUAUGAGCUCUCGGUCCUCUGUGAUGCCGAGGUGGCUCUCAUCAUCUUCUCCAGCCGGGGCAAGCUCUUUGAGUUCUGUAGCAGCUCUAGCAUGACGAAAACACUUGAAAGGUACCAAAAAUGCAGCUAUGGUGCACAGCUCGACACAAACCGCUCAAUCGAUGAGACACAGAGCAGCUACCAGGAAUGCUUGAGGCUAAAAGCAAGAGUUGAGGUCCUCCAGCAAUCUCAAAGGAACCUGCUUGGGGAAGAUUUGGGUUCACUAGACAGUAAAGAGCUGGAGCAUCUGGAGCGUCAACUGGAGAGUUCAUUGAAGCACAUUCGGUCAACAAAGACCCAGUGCAUGCUCGAUCAAGUCGCCAAUCUCCAAAACAGGGAGCAAAUGCUACUAGAGACCAACAAAGUCCUUAGGAGGAAGCUGGAAGAAGCGGGUCCGCAAAUUCCCUUUCAACUUGCCUGGGAAGUCGCAAGUCACGGCGGCGGCGCCGGCGGCAUUCCAUGUAGCCUCUUUCCUCCUCAAUCAGAAGGGUUCUUCCACCCAAUGGACGGCAACCUGUCGUUGCAAAUUGGAUACGAUCCGGCAUGUCUGGACGAGAUGAAUGCUUCGGUUUCAAGCCAAAAUGUCGCCGGAUUCAUUCCAGGAUCGAUGCUUUGAACUUACUGCAUAAACUUGGAGGGUGAAUCAAUCUGGUGAAAUUGUGCCUGUGUACUUUUUAAUUGUGAUUCGCAAGACAAUAAGUACAUAUAUUUUGGAGCUGUAAUGACAUAAAAAGAGGAAGGCCACACUUCCUCUCUCAUGAUCAGAACUUUGAUAAUGUUUGUAUUGGCUUGUAAUAGAAGCAAGUUAAGCUUUAUAAUUCUUUUCGAAACCUGCAAUAUUGAGCUGCAUAGCUUACUGUUACACUGUAUCGUCGAACGAAGCACUCGCUUUAGUCCCUUUAUCUGUUGCUUGUGUUGAAUGAUUCCCUCAGAUUUUCCUUUUUA